CUGAUAGGAACUGGUGUUGUGAAGUGCUGUGGUGUUCAGUCCGUGGAGGCUGUGGUUUAGAUGGUCGUAGCAUUGGAAGGAUAGAUAUCAGCCUGUCUGGGGCUCACACUCACUGAACGUAACAGAGAUGUUGCAUCGAAGGUUCUUUGAUGUCCGAGGUCUCUCCAUGAAGUUAAAGUGUCGGCGAGGACUAGAGGAAAAGGACGGAGAGAAGAGUCGAGACAAAGACGAGAGGAGAGAGGCCAAGGCCAGAGAGAGAUGUACACUGAACGGACAUCACUUCAGCGUGGUCUCCUCCCAGACACAAUCCUCCUCCUGCCACCAAUGCAGCAAAACCAUCAACACUAAGGAUGCCUUUCUAUGCACCAAUUGUAAUGCACAUGUUCAUAAGGGUUGUAGAGAAAGCCUGCCUGUCUGUGCCAAGGUGAAGAUGAAGACGCCCAGACAGCAGUUUGCCGUUCCAGAUUCAGCCGCCAUUCCUGUUGUUACCCGGAGAACAAAACGAGGGUUAAACCCGGGUGCAUCGCGGGAGCGGCCCUGGUCAGCCAUCUUGUCUCCUGAAGACUACUCCUCAUUGGUUGUUCCCUCCCGAAGACACACCUCCAUCAUACCCUUCCAUGGGUCCAACCUGUCAAAGAGCAUCUCUAUAUCCAACAUCGCUGGUCACCAGGUGUUUGAUGACAUGCCUAUCAAGGGUCUGCGGUACCUGUCCCAUUCUUCUGACUCUCUGUGCAAGACCAACCUGGUCAAUGAAUCUACAGAGUCACUCACAGAUGAAGGCACGGAGAUGAUCGACAGCCAGCUGAUGGGCGAGUUUGAGGCAGACCUGAAAGAGCUAGAAGCAGACUCCUGGAGCAACGUUACGGACCGUCACUUCCUCAAACAUCUGAAGAAGGACGUCAUCAAGAGACAGGAUGUAAUCUACGAGUUGAUGCAGACGGAGAUGCACCACGUGCGGACCCUGCUGAUCAUGGUGGAGGUGUACAGUAAGGGUCUGGUGAAGGAGCUGCAGCUGGAGCCUCAGACAGUAGACAGGCUGUUCCCUGCCCUGGAGGAGCUCCUGGACCUCCACACCUCCUUCCUGACACGCCUCCUGGAGAGGAAGAGAGAGAGCCAGCAGGAGGGGGAGGACGGAGGAUUCAUCAUCAACAAGAUAGGAGACAUCCUGGAGACGCAGUUCUCAGGGUCCAACGCAGAGAUCAUGAAGAAAGUUUACGGGAAGUUCUGCAGCCGCCACAACGAGGCCGUAAACAUCUACAAGGAGCUGCACUCCAAAGACAAACGCUUCCAGGCCUUCAUCAGGAGGAAGAUGAGCAGCAGUAUCGUGCGGAGGUUAGGAAUCCCAGAGUGCAUUCUGUUAGUCACCCAGAGGAUCACCAAGUACCCCGUCCUGAUGCAGAGAAUACUACAGCAUACCAAAGAGAAUGAGGAGGACCAUGAGGACCUGAGUGAUGCUCUAUACCAGGUCAAGGAGGUCAUCACUGCAGUGGACAGCAAGGUGAACGAGCAUGAGAAGAAGAGGAGGCUGAAGGACAUCUACGGCCGGACAGACAGCAAGUCCAUUACGAGGAUGAAGAGCGGUCAGAUGUUUGCUAGAGAGGACCUGCUCAGAGGGAGAAGAUUGCUGUAUGAUGGACCUCUGCAGCUGAAGAACUCACAGGGGAGACUCAAGGAUGUAACGGCCAUGCUUCUCUCUGAUAUCGUCGUCUUCCUGCAGGAGAAAGACCAGAAAUAUGUCUUUGCCUCUCUGGACCAGCGCUCCACGGUCCUCUCCCUCCAGAAGCUGAUCGUUAGAGAGGUGGCUAACGAGGAGAGGGGUCUCUUCCUGAUAACAGCAGGGAUGGAGAAACCAGAGAUGGUGGAGCUACACACUGCAACCAAGGAGGAACGCAACACCUGGAUGCAAAUCAUACAGGAUGCCAUGCAGUCCAUAGAGAAAGAUGAGGAAGAGGAGAACCCCAGUGAAACAGAGGAGGAAGAUCAGAGACUGCUGGAGACCAAAGCUAAGGAGAUGAGAGAGAUGCUGAGGAAGAAGGAUGAGCAGAUCAUGUUUGUGCUGGAGGAGAAGAUGGCCGUGUUUAGGGAGAUGUGUGACGUCAGGAGCCCUGGAACCCCCCCAGGAAGAGGAACAGGAACAGGGCAGUGCCAAGGCCCCAACCAGGUCACCAGGGCCAAGGGGCUGUUCAGGGCUGGGAGCGGCGCGGGCUCUGAGGACGUACCGAAAGGAGAACCCAUUAUAAAGGGAGCACUACAGGAAGUGGAGACGUUGCAGGCGCUGGUGAACGGUACUCUGGGAGGAGCGAUGGGGGGGCAGCGGGUGGUGUGUGUCCCAGAGACAGGAGGUGGAGGAGGAGGUGGAGGAGGUGGAAGUGGAGGUGGAGGUGGAGGUGGAGGAGGAGGAGGAGGAGGAGUGGUGGGCCCGGGCCCUGUAUGUCUCCUUCACAGGGCCGAGACCUUCGGAGGAUUUGACUCUCACCAGAUAGACAUCUCUAAGAACGGGGACAAAGAAGAUGGGGAGGACAGAGCAGACCUUCGCAGGACAGAGUCAGACGGUGUACUGAAGAAGGGGGAGAAUCCUACCAUGAUGCUGUUACUGAAGAGGAACACUAAGCAGGUCCUCCAUAGUGUGAUUCAUCUCCAUGACCUGCUCAGCACCCUGCAGGCAGUGGUGGUCCAGCAGGACAGCUUCAUUGAGGUUCAGCGCCAGGCUCUCACCAACCGCCCCGAACGCCUCACCUCCUUCUCCUCCUCCUCUUCCUCCAGGCCCUCCUCCCGCCACAACUCCCUGAUCGAGCAGGAGAAACAACGCAGCCUGGAGAAACACAGGCAGGAGAUGGCCACGCUGCAGCGCCAGCAGGCCACGCACGACCAGGAGAAGAAGAGGAGGGAGAGGGAGUGGGAGGUGCGGGAGCAGCAGUUGACGGACAGGGAGGUGCAGCUCCUGGUACAGGAAGAGGAGACCGGGAGGAGGAGCAGGGAGUUAGAUACGGAGAGGGUGGCGCUACAGAGGAAGAAGAAGGACUAUCUGAUAGAUCUAGAGAGACUGAGAGAUGCUCAGAGGAAACUGGACCGAGACAGAGAACACAUACACAGAGAAAUGGAGAGGGUGGAACACAUGAGAAUGGCUAAGAGGUGGAUACAGAGAACUCCCUCCUCCUCCUCAGACGACUCCCCACACUUCUCCUCCUCUACCUCCCUGGACAAAGAUCCAACGGACCCCACUGAGCUCUCCUCCUCUCCCAGGAAAGACUCCCUGACCUCGUCAAAAGGGAAGAGCCUAAACCUUUUCUCUGAGGACCCGGCCCUAAAGGCCCCUAGUGGAGACAGUCAGAACCAGAUACCGAACAGACUGCUGCAACUGGCUAAAGACAGGAACAAGAAGGACAAGAAGAAGAAGAAGAAGGAACAAGAUACGCAGCCACCAGAUACGCAGCACCUAGAGCCUCCUAUAGACGGAGAGAUCUACUUCUGCUGAGACCCGUCUUCAUCUCCUCCGAUGUCAAUGCAACGUCCCUCUCACCAGCUGAAUGUAAGGCCAAAGUUGCCCCAUCGUCAAACCCUCUACGUCCUCGCAAACACUCCAAACUGACACGCAAUAGGAAGUGGAAGGUCUCUCAUCAUGGAAGGUCUCACUGCUCGCUACAGAUUGGCUCCUGACCUGCUAAAAAUAUAUAACAAUAAGGAAUCUGUUUCUAUGUUAGAUACUGUAGGUUAAAGAUUGUCUAUAACAAUAAGGAAUCUAUUUCUAUGUUAGAUACUGUAGGUAUGUGAUGGACUAAAUGAAGACCAUACCAUUAUCCUAACCAGUGAUGACGGAGAGUGAUUUGAGCUACAGAGUAAUCGUCUCUGAAUGGGUUUUAAAUGAGCAGGUGUAAGGAGACUGUCUAUCCUCUGUAUGGAAUGACAUAGAAUCUGAAUGUGUUUUUAAAGUAGCAGGUGUAAGGAGACUGUCUAUCCUCUGUACGGAAUGACAUAGAAUCUGAAUGGGUUUUAAAUGAGCAGGUCUAUGGAGUCUGUCUUUCCUCUGUAUGGAAUGACAUAGAAUCUGAAUGUGUUUUUAAAGGAGCAGGUCUAUGGAGUCUGUCUUUCCUCUGUAUGGAAUGACAUAGAAUCUGAAUGUGUUUUUAAAGGAGCAGGUGUAAGGAGACUGUCUAUCCUCUGUACGGAAUGACAUAGAAUUUUACUACUCAUGCAGAAUAUUACACUCUUACUAUACUUUUUGUUUUCUAAAGUUGAAAAACUUGUUCGUAAA